AUGUACGACAAGAACGUCGUGGUGUACUUGGAGCCGAGCACAUGUGUCAGCAGGACUUUGGAAGUCCAGGGCACAAAGCAGAGCCGUGAGUUGAGUUUGGAAAAGGGAUCUUUGGUCCUUAGAAAUCAAGACCAGUUGACAAGUGCUACAGAUAGUGAGAUCAAGCUUCGCAAUGCCCUUGUCCGCCGUGGCAUUGCCUUUCAGUUUGCAAAGUUGAUGUCGCAUGCUCAACACACGGAAUGGGCAACAUUCUUGUUUGAGGCCCUGCACCGAGAUGCACCGCCUGGUUAUAGCCGACCGAGCGUGGCGCAACUACUACAAUGUGAUAGAGCUGCUUGGGCAAGACUAGGCAGUACGGUGAGCAGCAUUAGGUCUGCCCCGAGAAGAACGUGA